AUGUCUUCUUCAUCCCAGUCUUCAUUCUACGAUGAGGAAACAAUAGUCAACCAAGUCACCACGAUUUAUAACCUACUUCUCAAGCUGAGCUAUUUCUCCCCUGCUCAAGUUAUCUUCCCCCCAGAAGGUGGUCACAAUAUCAAUGAAGAGCUGUGUCAUUCGCUCCAUAUCGCCCCGCAGGUAAUUUCUCUCAUGAAAAGGAUUCCCUAUCCGACAGACGGUUACCAUAAGCCGAUUUUGUGGCAAUCACGGGCUUUCGAAUACUUGGACGACAGAGAGAUCCGAAACGGCCGCGAUCCUGAAUUAACAGACGCCGCCGAUGACGACGAAUUGAGGCUAGACUUUUUGCGACCGUGGGAGGUGGCGUUGACUUGUUGGUUGGAUGAUGGGAUUUCAGUUAUUCUGGAUACCAAGUCAAAAAGUGCUAACUAUAAACGAGAUAUCAUUCGGAUUAUUGAUGAAUCUGACCCGGUAGAAGGUGACUUUCGGGAAGAAACCGAGGCACACAAUGCCCCCGCCUACCUCCAGAAAAUCAUCGAUGAUAUUCAAAAUUUAGAGAUUGUAUACUUCGCCGGUGGAGAUAUCGGUUAUCUUCACCUCCCUGGCACGUGGGAGCAGACUGAAGUGAAGCGAGUUCUGACAGAGGACUUCGGUUGGGGCGCGGAGUUCCGGGAGGAGGAUUGGCGGCGAGAGGGGAGAGGCGAUUUGCAAAGCCAUCGGAGAUGA